CAGUGCUUGGUAAAACCUUGCUUUCGAACACACAGAGGCUGGUGACAGAGGUGCUGGGCUGAAGGUCGAGGCUUGUUUCUUGCAAGGAUUUCCCCAAUCCAGGCCUCAGAAUUUCCCCAAACCACCGUAAAGAAUGGACAGAAUUUGUGGCUAUAUGUGAAUAACAUCCUGUUGGCAAAACUCCUGGAAUUAAUUAAACAUUCAGGAAUAGCUCUGACAGGUGUCAUCAAGCUGAUGGCCAUCUAGUAUCUGAAGUCCCUCAAAUUGUAACCUGAAUCAGGAGAUGGAAGGCUGUGAAGUCAACAUAGAGCAACCGCCACAGGCAGCCAGCUGCUGGUAAAAGGAAGAUCUGAUGGCUUUUAUAAAGGUUCCCUGUCUGCGUCUGUGUUAUUAAACAAUCAGAUCUGUUGCCAUGGCAAUGGAAAAACUGGAAGAGAUGGAGAUAAACCAUGGGAAAUCAGCCAAUGGCCUCAAGAAAGGUAGUUCACCACAGGAAAUAUCAUGCAUGGACUUGAUCUAUGACGAUGAGGCUGAAACCUCUGACCACGUGACUGAGCAGGAGCCACAGACAGGCUACAUUCCUAUUCGAAGAAAUUCCAGGUACUAUCGCUCCAUCAGACGUCGGAACAGAGAGAGAACACAGAGUGAUAAAGAAAUACAAACUAAACAUGCUGAAGGUUCACUAAGAAAUGGUAUUACUAGAAAUGAACUUCUGACCAAAGAUGAACUGUUACGCAUAUUCCACAAGGGUCUGUCUCUUCAUGUAAAACCAGAUAUGACAGCAACAGAAGAGCAAUGGUUUCAAAGGCUGCUUCCUUCCUACCCCGGUUACCGUGGCAACCGCCCGGACUCCCCCGGCCCCGCGCCUGCUGCGGAAUCGCUCCGUAGCAGCAGCAGCAGCAGAGCGAUGCUAAAAUGCCAUCAUUCUUCCCACACGUUUCCGUUCAUGUUCCACACCUCACUGGAUUUACUGAUCUCUUCACCAGGAGCACAGGGUGUUCAGCAUCCAGAGCCCCACAGAAAGGAAGUGAGGGGUGCCUGA